AUGUAUCAUUCUGGUCUAUACUUUGAGAGCCUUCAGGCUAACAUCCUUUUCCUCAUCGGCUUGACGUUAAUCAUUGGAGUUCAACGGACACUCGCUUUCUUUUCGCGCCGCCAAAAACUUAAGGGCACUGCCGCUUUCGCGGCAGGCAUCCUCCUCAUCCUGUUUCGCUGGCCACUGACAGGUUUCCUGAUCGAAUUAUACGGUCUCUUCAUCCUCUUCGGCGAUUUCCUCGUAACAAUCGGUCAAUUUGCAGGGAACAUCCCGGUCGUCGGUCCUUAUAUCAAGACGGCAUUAGAGACCUUGGCGGGUGGGAGACGGAACGCAGAGCUCCCGGUAUAA